CCUUCACUCUCAGAAGAGUCGGGAAGCGCCGACUUCUUCGUCAGCACAAACCUUACUUAAUUACUACUACUAGCACUGGGUACUUACCACACAAGUAUCUGCAACCAUGAGUACUCUACUUCGGUCAGUCAACGAACUCUCAUCAAUGCGCCCUGAAUCUGGGCGGUCGCGUCCUUAUACACGCCAGACAAGCGCAUCCCGGCGACCAUGGACUGCCCAGUCACGCCCUGGGACGGCGCGUCCCCAGACCGCUGCUUCCACUAUGCACGAUGCUAGCUUUGUUAUCGCCCUCAUCGAAAGUAGAGGCAUUGCGCACGAAGUGGGUAUGGCCGCUCUCGACAAAGAUACGGGUAGAGUCAUGCUCAUUCAACUGUCGGACUGUUCUACCUAUGUCAAAACUCUACACCAAAUGCAUGUGCACACGCCAUGCAUGAUAUUAGUUCCCGAUACUUUUAUAUCCUCUGCAAACAAAAGCCUCACUUCUUCUACUUCUUCCACGCGAGUUUCAUCGUCAUCUUUGUCGGUGCAGUUCAUUAGGGAGGAGUUUCCUCAAGUCCCCAUCGAACCGGUAUCGAGAAAAUACUGGAACGAUAGCGCCGGCUAUCAGUUUAUUGCUCAAUUCUGUGUUGAAGACGAUGAACGUGCGGCCACACUGGUAUCUGUGACAGACAAGUACUAUACACUCUCAGCUGCAUGCGCUCUUUUCAAAUUUGUGGAAUCUCGCCUCAAUACCCGCUUUUCUGCGUGUUCUCUUCGUAUACGCUAUAUCCCUGUCGAAGGGACAAUGAUGAUAGACCCCGAAACUGUUAGAAAUUUGGAGCUCAUCAACAACCAGACCCGCAAGAAAUCCACACAUUCUCUCUUUGGGGUGCUUAACCAUACUUACACUGCAAUGGCCACACGACUCUUGCGAACGAAUAUACUGGCACCCCUAACAGGCCAGUCCCAAAGCGCCUUGGAUGCCCGCCUAGACGCCGUAGAAGAGCUGAUUCACAGCGAGGAUAAAUUUACUGAGAUCAAAGAUGCCUUAAAAGUCUUGAACAAGAUGGACUUCGACAAGCUCAUCUCAUCGCUUGGGUUUUCUGAAGUACGGCCAACAACAACAUCAAAAGGAGCUUUUUCCCGCGUGUCACAAAUACUCAACUUGCGCACUGCUAUCCGAAGUCUUCCAUUUUUGCAGAGGGCUUUGGACGGAUGCAAGUCUCGGCUACUGCUGAUAAUACAUGACAUACUGUCUGACGAACGGCUGAUCAAGAUUGAGGAUCUCAUCGCGGAAAACCUCAAUGAUGACGCAGGGCCAGUCAAGGGAGGGAUCGGCGCGAUUAACGCAAGAGUAUAUGCAGUUAAGGCGAACCGCAACUGUCUAUUGGAUGUUGCUCGCGAAACUUUCAAAGAAAAUGUCGCAGACAUAUAUCAGCUCAACCACGCCCUUAGCGAACAGCAUUCACUUCCCCUUACUCUCAUUUACCAAGAAAGUGGCUUUGUGUUUGCUCUCAAGAAGGAUGAACUUGAGGAUGAGCUGCCGAAGGGAUUCAUUAACGUGUCUGCGCAACGGGGUCGUUGGCUUUUCUCAAGCAUUGAUCUGAAAAAAAUGAAUGCUCGAAUGAAAGACUCAUUAGAGGAGACGCUGGUUUUAAGUGACAAGAUCAUCCGGGACGUUGUAGGGCAGAUUAUGGCGUUUUCGGGAGUCCUCUAUUCUGCUUCGGAAGCGGUUGCAACUAUCGACUUGUUGUGGUCUUUUGCUCAUGUCUCCAUCAUGCGAGGCUAUGUGCGUCCCGAGUUUACUGAUACCUUAGCGGUCAAGGGUGGUCGUCAUCCUGUCCUUGAGAUCAUCCAGCCCGUAGGAAUGGUCAUUUCAAACGAUAUGUAUUGCAGCGAUGCUGCCCACUUUCACAUUGUUCAGGGGCCAAACAUGUCAGGGAAAAGUACAUAUCUGCGUCAAACAGGUCUUCUCACUGUGAUGGCAAUGGUCGGUUGUUUUGUGCCUGCUGAGUACGCGAGCUUUCGCCUGCAUGAUGCCCUGCUUACUCGGCUCUCCAAUGACGAUGAUAUAGAGAAGAGCCUCAGCACGUUUGCGAAUGAAAUGACAUCUUCUGCUAUGAUCCUAGGCAUUGCGACCCCAAGAACAUUGGUACUCAUUGACGAAUUGGGUCGAGGGACAUCUCCUAUUGAGGGUGUUGGUAUAGCACAUGCUAUUGCAGAGGAACUCGUUAGAUUAAAAUGUUUUGUUCUCUUCGCUACCCAUUUUCAUGAGCUAUCGACCACUCUUUCUCGACAGCCUGCUGUGUUUGCAUCUGUCUGUUCAGGUGCUUUCAAAUUCCUCUGGAUUAUAGCUUCUUCACAGAUUGUCAUCCAGCGUUCACGUCCAUCGGCCUCUAACUUCGGCCUGAUAUUUCAAUACAAGAUUCUUGACGGAGUUCCAGAAAACACAGGUCACUAUGGUAAGUCGCGGACAACAGACAGACAGAAAAGACAUCUGGACCAGCCUCGAUCAGGACUGGAACUAGCCAAAUUAGCUGAUCUCCCCGAUGACGUGCUCACUGAAGCGAGACAAGUGUCUGAGACCAUUACUGAAAGAAACCUGCGUUGCGAGGAGGAAAGUCGCAUAAACGUCUUGACCAUUCGCAGGCGUGCACUUUUGAAGCUACAUACGCAGUUGAACCAGGCUUUAGAUCACUCUUCGCUUCCUGAGGAGGAACUGGUUGCAUAUCUGGCACGCCUGCAGAGGGACUUCAUGAAGAUCCUGAAAGACACUCUUUGACAACCGCUGGAACAAUGCAAGAUACUGACUCGGCAAUACAAAGAUAACGUUGCCAGGCCCUUAUCUGCUUGUUGGAGCUCGAAGAUAUGAAACGAGAGCACUCAGCAAGGACGUCCCCAGAAACCAUUCAAAGGUCUAUUUUCUUGCAGAUACUCGCGGAAUGUUAGACCACAGUCAUGUUCUUACCAGCAUUAGAUUUGAAGUUGACAAAAAAUUUGUAUGCAAUGUGAUCACCAUAAGUGCCGCUUUAAACCUGUCAGCAGAGGCCUUACGCCUUGACUGAAGGGCUACUACGAUACCCUUUCUUGGUCAUACACCAAAUG